GCCUUCCCCCUGUCCUGGUGGCCAUAACUGGAGAGCGACACCAGCUUCCCUGGAGAAGGCCUCGAUGUGUUCUCAUCUUUUCCCUCAUAAUUUUCAUCUCAGCAUUUUUACUCUGUAUGCCGAGGUAUUUCUUCCAGUCGGGUUUAGCACAGAGGGUUUUAAGCAGAUGAAGAAACUGAGACCCAAAAAGAGACAGUAACUUGUCCAGGGCUACCUCCAACAUGCAGACCCCUGCCAUGCUGUGUCUGCUGCUUGUGUGCAAGGGCCUCCUGGAAGCGCUGCAGGCCCAGAGCCACCCCAUCUCUCGACGAGACCUGUUCUCUCAAGAACUGCCCCUGGACAUGGCCCCAGCCUCCUUUGAUGACCAGUAUGAAGGCUGUGCAGCAGCCAUGACAGCAGCUCUCCCAGAUCUCAACCAAACUGAGUUCCAGGCCAACAAAGUGUACGCGGAUGGCUGGGUGCAGGCAAGCAGCCAAUGGCAGGACCGCCAGGCCUGGGGGCCAGAGUGGGUCCUGAGCCCUACUGGGUUGCCCCCGCCACCCCCUGGCUUCCGCGAUGAGCAUGGGGUGGCCCUCCUGGCCUACACCGCCAACAGCCCCCUGCACAAGCAGUUCAAUGCCGCCGUGCGUGAGGCAGGCCGCUCCAGAGCCUACUACCUCCACCACUUCUCCUUCAAGACACUCCAUUUCCUGCUGACCGAAGCCCUACAGCUGCUGGGCAGGGGCCAGCGUUCGCCCCAGUGCCACCAAGUGUUCCGAGGGGUGCACGGCCUGCGCUUCCGGCCAGAGGGGCCCAGGGCAACCGUCAGGCUGGGGGGUUUUGCCUCCGCGUCCCUAAAGAAUGUUGCAGCCCAGCAAUUUGGGGAGGACACCUUCUUUGGCAUCUGGACCUGCCUUGGGGCACCUAUCAAGGGCUACUCCUUCUUCCCUGGGGAGGAGGAGGUGCUGAUCCCCCCCUUUGAGACCUUCCAGGUGAUCAACGCCAGCAGACCGGCCCAGGGCCCCGCCCGCAUCUACCUCCGGGCCCUGGGCAAGCACAGCACCUACAACUGCGAGUACAUCAAAGACAAGCAGUGCAAGUCCAGGUCCUGCCCUCUUGGUAACUCAGUCAUGGGUCAAGGCCCCUCUUCUUCAGUCUGGUCCCUCCUACUGCCAGUCUGGUUCCUUGUCAGGGGAACCUUUCCAUAGAGUCCAGGCCUGCCAUGAUCCAUCCAACACUGAACAGCCCCUCCUGGCCACCGCGCUGCCUCAGCCCGACAUGGGGAUGUCGGCCCCCUAUGUGCUUUAAGAGCAGCCAGGAUCCAUGGUGACCCUCUGCAGAGAACUCUGGGACUUUCUCUGGCAGUUGCCAGGUUUGCUGAUGGAGAAUUAAGGGAAUCUGGGGACUGAGCCUUCCCCAAGGCUUUAAGAGUGAGACACUGAAAGGGGGCAGUGGUCUCUAAAGGCAGGCAACUACUCAUUUGGAGACUGACGAUGAAACUAGUUUGAGGAGGGAUUGGGGAGGAAAACACUUGGCCACGGUAUUUGCUGGUAUUACUCGAAUGGCUCACAUAUGCACCUGGAAAGCUCCCAUUCACUCUUCCAGGAAGCUUCCUCUGACCUCCCCCAGCUGGUUGAGCUAGGGCCCCUGCCUCUUUGCUCACACGGGUCCCUGGCUGCUUCCCUACACCACGUGUCAGUGUUUGUCUCCCAUGUCAGUCUGGGAGCUUCCUGAGGGCAGGGACUGGGUCUAAAGCACAGGGGUGGUGCCAGACAGACAACAUGUGACAGUCGGAAAGGAACAAACCCCUCAUGAAUUCCUCACUGCUGCACUGCCCCACCUUGGUCACUUUGAAGCUCUCUGAAUGUCAGUGUGUGGAAAUGAUGUGGACGGGCUCCAGCUCCAGAGGGCAGAGAGCAGGACAGACAGCAGAGACAGCAUCAGGUCCACUGCCAGGAUCUCAGCUGAAGACUCAGUUGAAUUCUUGUCAGCAAAGACAUAA